CAGCUUAUUCCAGUGUCACCCAGGGUGCAGCCACACCAGGCUCUGCAGAAGGGUUUCUUUUCAAUGUAAUACCUUCUCAUAUUUUCUUCUUAAAUAGAAGCUGAGAACAUUUAUGUUGUAGACAGUAGUACAUGGUGAAAAAUUCUACUUUCAAGAGAACUUACUCUCUUCUUACAAGUUCUAGAUUGGUCCCCUACCCAGGACAACAUGAAGGAGUAUGUAAUCCUACUGUUCUUGACUUUGUGCUCUGCCAAACCCUCAUUUCGCCCUUCAUACAUGGCACUGAAGAAUAUGAUGCUGAAGGACAUGGAGGAUGAAGGUGACGGAGAUGCUGACAACUCUCUUUUUCCAACGAGAGAGCCAGUUAACCCCUUCUUCCCAUUUGAUCUGUUCCCAACAUGUCCGUUUGGAUGCCAGUGCUACUCGAGAGUUGUGCACUGUUCUGAUCUAGGUUUGUCCUCCGUCCCAAGCAACAUUCCAUUUGAUACUCGAAUGGUUGACCUUCAAAACAAUAAAAUUAAGGAAAUCAAAGAAAAUGAUUUUAAAGGACUCAUCUCACUUUAUGCUUUGAUUCUGAACAACAACAAGCUAACAAAGAUUCACCCCAAAGCCUUUCUAACCACAAAGAAGUUGCGAAGGCUAUAUUUGUCUCACAAUCAACUAAGUGAAAUACCUCUUAAUCUUCCCAAAUCGUUAGCAGAACUCAGAAUUCAUGACAAUAAAGUUAAGAAAAUACACAAGGAGACGUUCAAAGGAAUGAAUGCUUUACAUGUUCUAGAAAUGAGUGCAAACCCUCUUGAUAAUAAUGGGAUUGAACCAGGGGCAUUUGAAGGGGUAACAGCGUUCCAUAUCAGAAUUGCAGAAGCAAAACUGACCUCAAUUCCUAAAGGCCUACCUUCAACUUUACUGGAGCUACAUUUAGAUUAUAAUAAAAUUUCAACUGUGGAACUUGAGGAUUUUAAAAGAUACAAAGACCUGCAAAGGCUGGGUCUAGGAAACAACAAAAUCACAGAUAUUGAAAAUGGAAGUCUUGCUAACAUACCACAUGUGAGAGAAAUACACUUGGAAAACAAUAAACUAAAGAAAAUCCCUUCAGGAUUACAAGAGUUGAAAUACCUCCAGAUAAUCUUCCUUCAUUCUAAUUCAAUUACCAAAGUGGGAGUGAAUGACUUCUGCCCAACAGUGCCAAAGAUGAAGAAGUCUUUGUACAGUGCAAUAAGUUUAUUCAACAACCCGGUGAAAUAUUGGGAAGUACAACCUGCAACAUUUCGUUGUGUUUUGGGCAGAAUGAGUGUUCAGCUUGGGAACUUCAGAAAGUAAUAAUUAGUAAUCAGUGAUAUCGAUUUAAUAUAACAUUCAGAAAUUGUUACAUUUGGAAUACUUGAACUCUAUUAAAAACGGUGGUAUUAUACACACAAGCAAAAAUGUAUUCCCAUGUGGUAAGUCCACUGACUUACUGUACGACAAAAAAUUUCAACAGAAUUUUGCAGAAACUAUUGAUACAUCAGGAUUAAAGGAAAUAAGUGUCUAUUGCAGUUUCCUUUUACAUAUAAGUGAUUGUGCAUAAAUCUCAUGCUUGAACAUUCUUUCUCAGUAACAAAAAAUAAGACAUUCAGUAUUUAACACUUUGUUAUCAAGUGCAUUUAAAACAGAACUGUACUGUAAAAGGAGUGCUUGACUUAGCAAAAUUUGUGCUUUUUCAUUUGCUAUUAGAAAAAGAAAAUUGACAAGUACGGUUAUAUAAAGAGUACAUUAUACUAUUCUUAUUCUGUCUUUAGGAACUUGGGUAUUGCUGUAAUAUUUCUAAUAAUGUUGAAGUAUGGUUUGAUAUAAUCUUAUUCAAAUUCUCAUGUCUUAGAGACUUACUGUCUUUAUGUUUAGAACUCCUUAUAACAAAGCCUUCGGUAAGUGUUUAUUACCCACUCAACAGAUGCGAUUCAUAACAGCUUUUUUCAAGCUGUAGCACGUGCUUUUCUUUGUAAUUAUUAUUACCUAAUUAUAAAACCUCUAUAGAAAUGCAUAGUGAGUGUUUAUAUAAAAUCUCACACUUUUUAUUAUCACAGUUAUUAUAAGCUUUUAACAGUGUGUCAAUUGUUAGCUUAUAUUAACAUGGUCACCUCAAUGAUAAGGAAUAUUUUUGAGAUGUCCCUUUGUAAGAUCUUUGUUGGAAGAGACUGGAUGCUAUCAACUCUACACCAAAGUGUCUCCUUAAAUAUGCACAGACUGGAUAACUCUGAAAAACACACCUAGUAUAACUGAACAGAAGGAGCUUUAAACAGAAUUCAAAGAAACUAAAAGCUCUGUAUAAAAAUUAAGAGUACUUACAUAUAUUUUUGUUUGUGUUCAACAUAAGUAAAACUAGAAAAUAAGGAAAC